GGAUGACACGCUAGUCCAAAUACGUACUAGUGGAGCUCGUCGCGAACAAAUUCAACCUCUACAAUAGUCCACGACCCCUUCAUCACGAAACCCGCAUCCCUCCCCAUCCUCCGAUCGAAGAAUCCGCCGGACCAUUCAGCACAAUGGCGGGUGGCACAGUAAAAUACAGACACCUCAGUCGAAACUCGUCCGCGCGACAAGCCCUGCUGCGCGGUCUCGUCACCCAGCUCGUCCACCAUGAGCACCUCCAGACUACAUACGCCAAGGCCAAGGAGGCCCAGCGCGUGGCCGAGAAGCUCAUCACCUUGAGCAAGAAGGACAACUCGACGAGCCGGAAAUCCGUCGAGGCCAUGCUCUACGAACCACACUCACACAUGUCCAAAGUCUUCGGCGAGCUACGAAACCGCUAUCUCACCCGCGAAGGAGGCUACACCCGCGUCGUGCGCACCGAGCCGAUCAAGAAGAAGGACGACCAAGCCGAGGCGGCCAUUCUCGAAUUCGUCGACGGACCCAAAGACUCGCGCUUCAUGAUGACGGCCAAGACCGUCGCGCGCGACCGUCUCCUCCGCCGCGCCCCGACGUCCGUCACCGCCAUCAACGUGAAAAAGGUCACCCAGUUCCGCGGCACGCAGCCCUUUGAGGACAUGGUGCAGCGCUUCCUGCAGCGGCACAACGAGGGCAAGACCAGCCUCGUCGACAAGAUCCUGCACCAGACACAGUCCGCCAACCGGUCCGUGUCGCCCAGGCCGCCCGCCUUCAAGAUCCCGGAUACACAGGAGUACGUCUCACGGGCGACGUUGCGGGCGCAGAAGCCUGUCACGCCCCUCGACGGCGAAGGGACGAACUUGGAGGCCGAGGGCGCGCAGGUGGCUGCUGAGGAGAAGCGGAGAACGGCGGCGUGGGCGGAGCAGAUUGUGCCCAAAUCAUUCAGGAAAGGCAAGGGGUCCAUGGCGUGAGCAUGCGGGGAGAAGGAAUGUAUCAAUAGAUGUAAGGGCGAGUUAAUGGCCCCAUGUACAAAAUUAUGUACCCGAUACAACGAGCUAGUCUUUGGAUGUC